AUGACUGGACGUGGCAAAGGCGGCAAGGGCCUCGGCAAGGGUGGUGCCAAGCGUCACCGCAAGAUUCUUCGUGACAACAUCCAGGGUAUCACCAAGCCCGCCAUCAGACGUCUCGCGCGCCGUGGUGGUGUGAAGCGUAUUUCUGCCAUGAUAUACGAAGAAACUCGUAAUGUUCUCAAGACAUUCCUCGAGGGCGUCAUCCGCGACGCAGUCACAUACACCGAGCACGCCAAGCGCAAGACAGUCACAUCUCUCGACGUUGUCUACGCCCUCAAGCGCCAAGGCCGUACCCUGUACGGCUUUGGCGGUUAA